GCCGGUGUGCCUGGACGGUUUCGUCCAUGGCGUGCGCAGUGCGCACUCGCAUCGCAUGGUAUUAAUAGUCAUUGCAAGCCAAGAGGAGACUAGAAAAGAGAAGGUGGAAGAACAGCAGGAGAGUCGGAGGAAGCAAGCUUGCCCAUACGCUGGUACUUAUGUGCUGAUACUACUGCAGCCGCGCUGCGAGAGAAGAGGAGUGGGAGCACGUGGAGCCAAAGGGGCGAUUCUUUGCUUGGCCUUCAUUUCUCGCCUCUUCCGCAUCUCGAGUUGUCGUGAUUAACAAGACAGCAAGACCUCGGCGGCGGCAAACAGUCGAGCACCUGCGAGCGUCUCUGCCACCGGGACUCAAGAGGCAAUGCCAGCACCAGCCCCACCAAUUCGUCUGGGACCUCCGACUCCCUAUAUAUCCUCUCAUGGAUCCAAAGUUGCACGCCUACACAUGUAUGACUGGAUUGUGCUAAUUCUUUUAGCUGUAUUGGAUGGAGUUCUUAAUAUAAUAGAACCCUUCCAUCGCUUCGUCGGAUCAGAAAUGAUGACAGACCUCAGAUACCCCAUGAAGGGCAAUACAGUGCCAUUUUGGGCUGUGCCGAUAAUUGGUAUCAUUGGGCCUAUGGUUAUCAUAACAGUGAUAUACUUUAAGAAGAGAAAUGUAUAUGAUCUGCAUCAUGCCAUACUAGGUCUCCUAUUUUCAGUACUUAUUACUGCUGUUUUAACUGAUGCGAUAAAGGAUGGUGUUGGGCGACCACGUCCUGAUUUCUUCUGGCGUUGCUUCCCUGAUGGAAAACCUGAGUAUAACAACUUUACUACAGGCGCCAUAUGCCAUGGCCAGGCGAGUGUUAUUAAAGAAGGUCAUAAAAGCUUUCCAAGUGGUCAUACUUCAUGGUCUUUUGCUGGCCUUGGGUUCCUUUCAUGGUAUUUGGCUGGUAAAAUCAAAGUAUUCGAUCGUAGAGGACAUGUUGCAAAAGUCUGCAUUGUCCUUUCCCCUCUGCUUCUUGCAGCCUUAGUGGCAGUUUCUCGAGUUGAUGACUAUUGGCAUCAUUGGCAAGACGUAUGUACUGGCGGAUUACUUGGGUUCACGGUUGCUUCCAUUUGCUACCUGCAGUUUUUUCCACUACCAUCUGAUGAAAAUGGACUGUGGCCGCACGCAUAUUUCCGACACAUUCUUGAGCCAGAGGGUGACAGCCAAGCGCAACCCACGUACAUGAGCCGUCGCAGCUCGGUUCAGAACGGUUCCUUUCAGUACAGCCCUGACGCAGUGGAAAUGAGGAGCACGAGCCAAGCAAUGGAUUCCAUGGAAGCUGGCCAGAGAGCCCAAUAAUGAUGGAAUUAAUAGGAACAUCAAUUUAGCCACGGACCGUUGUAAUGUAAUAUAACGUCGUUGUAGCGCUUAGUACAGCAAGAUCUUGUUCAGAUCCCUUAUUGUGUAGUAUAACAGUUCCUGAAUGAUGGUCACGUUUCUGCUGGUCCUCCGAAGACUGAAGCGCGACUGAUU